AUGCCUUCGACUUCUUUUUUUCAAAAUGAUAAUUCAUUACAACUUCCAGCAACAGCAUAUUUUACAACAAUCAACGAUGAUGCACUCAACAAUCCUAAUAAAUCACAAAAUCUUAUCCAAAAAGAACCGUCUAUAAAUGAUUAUAUAAAAUAUAAUAAAAAUUUAACGUUUUCAUAUCAUCCAUACUUAUAUAAAUUCCAGCAAGGACCACUUGGAGAACAAGAUAGUUAUUUGAUAGGAAUAUUAAAUUUAAAUUUAUCAUCGAUAACAGCGAUAAAGACGACAAAAGAAAGCAUUAUUAAUUGUGUUUAUUUAAAAUUUAAAGGGCGAGAAAAGGUUAAGUGGGUUAUUAGAGAUGGGCCGAGAAGUAAGAAAGGUUUCGGUGGAGAACAUAUUUUAUGUGAUGUUGGAUAUAAAAUUUGGGAGUCAUCGAGUAAUGAGAAUACUAGUUUGAUGGAGCUAUUGUCUCAAACUUGUGGCAAAGAUCUAACCAACGAAAUCAACGGAACCAAUGAUUUGAUGAGGAUCCCAUUUAAAGUCAAAUUACCGUAUAAUUUGCCCGAUAGCAUAGAGUCAGAAUUUGGUAACGUCGAAUAUACCCUUAAAGCCAUGAUAACUACUUCAAUUAAUGUUGGAAAUGGGAUUUCAACAACCAGCGGAACCUUCUUAUCCACGAUUUUCAAACAACGAUUUACUAGCGAAAUUAAAAUUCCGCUUAAACACACAUUAAUUUUAAAUCACGACAAAAAUCCGCCAUACAUCAUUCACGGAGAAAAUAUCAUUAACCUUUACAAUAAUAAUUCUUCUUAUUAUGACUCAAAGAAUAGGAUUGCUACCGCCACCACCGUGCCUCCAAUGUUGAAUUGUACUUUGGUAUUACCACCCAAUAAGAAUAUCAAUAUUGGAAUAUAUAUUUCAAUUCCAAUUCGAAUUAGGAUUAUAGAACCAGGAAUAAGUUUGGAAAUGGUUGAAAUUAUGUUGAAAUCAUCAAAAGAUUUUAGAUCGAGUAAUGGUGAAUCAAAACAUGUCAAAGAAAUUUCUAGCAAAAUCAUUAUACCACGAAAAAACAUUAACUUCAUAAAUUCAAGAAAUAACUUGAAAAAGAAUCCUUUUGCGGUUAAAUCAAGCAGAGUUGAUGGGGAAUGCAUUCAAAACAUAAAUUUUUAUAUCCCAACGUAUACAUUACCGACAUAUAAUGGUCGUUAUAUUACCAUCUCUCAUCAAUUAUUAUUAAAAUGUGGUUUGUCAUAUACAAAUCAUAAAGGUGUCAUUAGUAAGUUGAAUGAUUUCGUCAUUGAGGAACAUAUCAAUAUUUACAAUAUACAUAAAAAUUUUGACAUUCAAUUGCCAAACGUUCCUUUGCCUCCUAAAUUCUUUAAUCCAAAACAAUUUUUUACUACAAAACUUACUAGCAUUGAUAGUUUACACGUGAUUCCUACGAGUAAUUUUAAUAGUAAUGAUAGUAAAGGCAGUAUUCUUCAAAGUAGUGAUAGUAGUGAUAGCAGUAAUGAUGAUAUUGAUUCAUUGUAUUAUUAUUCUCGUCCAGCUUCUUCUUUAUUUUCUUUACAUUCAAUUAAUUCUACCUCGAAUGAUGGCAUAUCACGUUUAUUAUCUACUAGGAAAUAA